AAGUCGAGGACCGACGGGGCGGUGGCUCCCCUCAAGCGACAGAGGACCGAGGCCCCAGAGAGGAGAAUUAAAACCAGGCGGUCCCGGGCCGGUAGACGCCAAGGAAAGCCGCUGGACAGGCGGGGGCCGAUGGGGGGCAGCCGACCGCGGCGGCGCACUCACUCCACCCGGGGCCAACGCUUGUCCGGAGGCGCACCCCCCCUCCCUUACGUCUCUUUUGGUUUCGACCUGCCGGCUGGGCGGGGCCGCAGGACGCCAUUCCCACAAUGCUCUGGGGCGUGCCGCCGCCGUCGCUGCCGCCGUCGCUGCCGCCUCCGCUACCGCUAGUGGAAGAAGAUGGCGGAAGGCGGAGCGGCGGAUCUGGACAUCCAGCGGUCUGACAUCGCGACGCUGCUCAAAACCUCGCUCCGGAAAGGGGACACCUGGUACCUAGUUGAUAGUCGCUGGUUCAAACAGUGGAAAAAAUAUGUUGGCUUUGACAGUUGGGACAAAUACCAGAUGGGAGAUCAAAAUGUAUAUCCUGGACCUAUUGAUAACUCUGGACUUCUUAAAGAUGGUGAUGCCCAGUCACUUAAGGAGCAUCUUAUUGAUGAAUUGGAUUACAUACUAUUGCCAACUGAAGGCUGGAAUAAACUUGUCAGCUGGUACACAUUGAUGGAAGGUCAGGAACCAAUAGCACGAAAGGUGGUUGAACAGGGUAUGUUUGUAAAGCACUGCAAAGUAGAAGUAUAUCUAACAGAAUUGAAGCUCUGUGAAAAUGGAAAUAUGAACAAUGUUGUAACUCGAAGAUUUAGCAAAGCUGACACAAUAGAUACAAUUGAAAAGGAAAUAAGAAAAAUCUUCAAUAUUCCAGAUGAAAAGGAGACCAGAUUGUGGAACAAAUACAUGAGUAAUACAUUUGAACCACUGAAUAAACCAGACAGCACCAUUCAGGAUGCUGGUUUAUACCAAGGACAGGUAUUAGUGAUAGAACAGAAAAAUGAAGAUGGAACAUGGCCAAGGGGUCCUUCUACUCCUAAGUCCCCAGGUGCAUCCAAUUUUUCAACUUUACCAAAGAUCUCUCCUUCAUCUCUAUCAAAUAAUUAUAACAACAUCAACAACAGAAAUGUGAAAAACUCAAAUUAUUGUCUCCCAUCAUAUACUGCUUAUAAGAACUAUGAUUAUUCAGAACCUGGAAGAAACAAUGAACAGCCAGGCCUUUGUGGUCUAAGUAACUUGGGAAAUACGUGUUUCAUGAACUCAGCUAUUCAGUGUUUGAGCAAUACACCUCCACUUACUGAGUAUUUCCUGAAUGAUAAGUAUCAAGAAGAACUGAAUUUUGACAAUCCCUUAGGAAUGAGAGGUGAAAUAGCUAAAUCUUAUGCUGAAUUGAUCAAGCAAAUGUGGUCUGGAAAAUUUAGCUAUGUCACACCAAGAGCCUUUAAGACACAGGUAGGACGUUUUGCACCUCAGUUCUCUGGAUACCAGCAGCAGGACUGUCAAGAACUAUUAGCUUUCCUGUUAGAUGGACUACAUGAGGAUUUGAAUAGAAUUAGGAAAAAACCGUACAUACAAUUAAAAGAUGCUGAUGGAAGGCCAGAUAAGGUAGUUGCUGAAGAAGCCUGGGAAAACCAUUUAAAGAGAAAUGAUUCUAUCAUAGUAGAUAUAUUUCACGGCCUUUUUAAAUCAACUUUAGUUUGUCCUGAAUGUGCUAAGAUUUCAGUAACAUUUGAUCCUUUUUGUUACUUGACACUUCCAUUGCCCAUGAAAAAAGAACGUACCUUGGAAGUUUAUUUGGUUAGAAUGGAUCCACUUACCAAACCUAUGCAGUACAAAGUGGUUGUCCCCAAAAUUGGAAACAUACUUGAUCUUUGUACAGCAUUGUCUGCUUUGUCAGGAGUACCUGCAGAUAAGAUGAUAGUUACUGAUAUAUACAAUCAUAGAUUUCACAGAAUAUUCGCUAUGGAUGAAAACCUUAGUAGUAUUAUGGAACGGGAUGAUAUUUAUGUGUUUGAAAUUAACAUCAAUAGGACAGAAGAUACAGAGCAUGUGAUUAUUCCUGUUUGCCUGAGAGAAAAAUUUAGGCACUCAAGUUACACCCACCAUACUGGUUCUUCACUUUUUGGUCAGCCUUUUCUUAUGGCUGUACCACGAAACAAUACUGAAGAUAAACUCUAUAAUCUUCUGCUUUUGCGAAUGUGCCGGUAUGUCAAAAUAUCUACUGAAACCGAAGAAACUGAAGGAUCCCUACACUGCUGUAAGGACCAAAAUAUUAAUGGGAAUGGCCCAAAUGGUGUACAUGAAGAAGGCUCACCAAGUGAAAUGGAAACAGAUGAGCCAGACGAUGAAUCCAGCCAGGAUCAAGAACUUCCCUCUGAGAAUGAAAAUAGUCAAUCUGAAGAUUCAGUUGGAGGAGAUAAUGAUUCUGAAAAUGGAUUAUGUACCGAGGAAACUUGCAAAGGUCAACUCACGGGACACAAAAAACGAUUGUUUACAUUCCAGUUCAACAACUUAGGCAAUACUGAUGUCAACUACAUCAAAGAUGAUACCAGGCAUAUAAGAUUUGAUGACAGGCAGCUUAGGCUAGAUGAAAGAUCUUUUCUCGCUUUGGAUUGGGAUCCUGAUUUGAAAAAAAGAUACUUUGAUGAAAAUGCUGCUGAGGAUUUUGAAAAACAUGAAAGUGUGGAAUACAAACCUCCUAAAAAACCAUUCGUGAAAUUAAAAGAUUGCAUUGAGCUUUUUACAACAAAAGAAAAGCUAGGUGCUGAAGAUCCCUGGUAUUGUCCAAAUUGUAAAGAACAUCAGCAAGCCACAAAGAAAUUGGAUUUAUGGUCCCUGCCUCCAGUACUUGUGGUACAUCUAAAGCGAUUUUCUUACAGUCGAUACAUGAGAGACAAGUUGGACACUUUAGUUGACUUUCCUAUCAAUGAUUUGGAUAUGUCGGAAUUCCUAAUUAAUCCAAAUGCAGGUCCUUGCCGCUAUAAUUUGAUUGCUGUUUCCAACCACUAUGGAGGGAUGGGAGGAGGACACUAUACUGCUUUCGCAAAAAAUAAAGAUGAUGGAAAAUGGUACUACUUUGAUGACAGUAGUGUCUCAACUGCAUCCGAAGACCAGAUUGUGUCCAAAGCAGCAUAUGUACUCUUCUACCAGAGACAAGACACUUUCAGUGGAACUGGCUUUUUCCCUCUUGACCGAGAAACUAAAGGUGCUUCAGCUGCCACAGGCAUCCCAUUAGAAAGUGAUGAAGAUAGCAAUGAUAAUGACAAUGAUAUAGAAAACGAAAACUGUAUGCACACUAACUAAUGAAAGUCCUAGAAGCCAUAAAAGAGAGACUUUCCUGCUGGUGGUAUCUAUUGAAAUGAUCAAGUUACCCACCACAUUAAACAAAAGUCUGAGAUGGGGAGUUUCAGAUAACCGAAUGUAAAUCCUUUAUCAGAUUUUAACUUGUGCAGUACUUGAAGUGAAACACAAUGAAAACUUUAACAGAAAUUGUCUCUUAAUACAUUUACAGUCUUGUAUUUACAAGCUAAAUAUAUAUAGGAAAUCACAAAUAAAUCCCUUUUAAGUUUG